UUGCUCGUAAACACUCAUGAAUUUGCCAAACCUGAAGGCUCGGAAGAAAUGGUGCUACCGUGAUGAGAAAUUGUUAAUGGACCCUCUAAUACGAUAUAUAUUGGGAAACCCUUUCACGCAAGGACAAAAUGGGUAUCCAAGGCUUACUCCCAUUCCUUAAAAAGGCUUCAAGAGCAGUGAAUCUCCGUGAUUUUAAGGGUCAAACUGUGGCCGUGGAUGCCUACUGCUGGCUACAUAAAGGGGCUUUCUCUUGUGCAGAUAAACUUGUUCGUGGAGAACCAACGGAUGGAUAUGUGUUGUAUGUUAUGAAACAGGUCAACCAGCUCCUGAGCUAUGAUAUUAAACCAAUCCUAGUGUUUGAUGGAUGCCACCUCCCAUCAAAAGCCAUCACUGAGAAAAAAAGGAGAGAGAACCGUGAAAAAAAUCGCAAGAAGGCCAAAGAACUCUUACGUGAAGGGAAGGCAAAAGAGGCACGGGAAUGUUUCCAGCGAUGUGUUGACAUCACAUCAGAAAUGGCAGCUGAUACCAUCAAGGCUUGCCGUGCUAGAAAUAUAGAUGUUAUUGUGGCCCCAUAUGAAGCAGACUCACAGCUAGCUUACCUGAACCUGAGUGGCAUUGCUCAGCUUAUUAUAACAGAAGAUUCUGAUCUGAUCCUCUUCGGCUGCAAGAAAAUUCUGUUCAAGAUGGACAGUAAUGGAGGAGGUAUCUUGGUGGAGCAAGAACAGCUGCACGUGUCCAUGAGCAUGCCACGAGACAAAUUCACUUUUGACAAGUUCGUCAACAUGUGCAUCCUCUCAGGUUGUGACUACCUCCCCUCAUUGCAUGGCAUUGGACUUGCCAAGGCUUGCAAGUUCUUCAGUAUCACCACAAAUCCAGAUAUACAUAAUGUUUUAUGCAAGCUACCAUCGUACCUGAAAAUGCCCCACCUAGAAGUGACCAAAGAAUAUCGAGAUGGAUUCAUGCAAGCCAAAAAUACAUUCCUCUAUCAGCUGGUGUUUGACCCAGUGGACCGCAUCCUCCGUCCCCUUCAGGAGUAUCCCGAAGGCAAGGGACCUGAAGAUUAUCCAUAUGCAGGCAGGUUUGUAGGGCACGAGAGAGCUCUGCAAAUAGCAUUGGGAAAUGUGAAUGUUCAGACAGGAGAGAAAGUGGAUGACUUCUGUCCUGAGACAUAUGUUCCCCCAGAGCCCAAGUCAUCAGGAUGGGAUAAGCGUGGGGACAUCUGUACUGCUCAUCGCAGCAUAUGGAGUAAAGACUUCACCCCAUCUAAGGCGGUACCUGCAGUGCCAAGUAUCUUGGGCUCAGAGAAGCAGAGCACCCUUGGGAAGGAAUUAUUUGUAUCUUCAACUCCAGUCCUAAAAAGAAAGUUUAAACCAGGUACUUUGCCAAGGCUGUGCCAAGUGCCACAAAUAACCAGGGUGAAAAAAGUGAGGAAGAAAAGCCUGAACCCCAAUCAGCAGAUGGAAAAAUAAUAGAGAACCAGAAGGUUAUGUUAGAAAGUGAAUUACAGAUUAAAACAGAAGAAGAAUUGGAUGACAAAAUAUCCAGUGAAUCUCAUGAUGAACUUGUUAAAGCACCUUUGUCUCCUGUUAUAAACAAUAUUCAAAAAAAUAACAAAAACAGCACAUUUAGGUGGGGGAAGCUGACAGAUAAGUUUGGAUUUAAAGACAAAGUCAAGAUGGAGAGCAGCCCAUCAACAAAGUACACUUUUAAGGCUGUCACUAAAAUGCCAAGCACAAGAGAAACUGAUGAAAGUAAAGAAAAUGCUGUCAGUCUGUCACAGAAUUCAGAUCCUAGGGAACUGCCACUUUCUCAAAGCAGUCUAGUAUCUGAAGUUUCAGUAGUCAGUGAUGUAGGCUCAAUUGAUAAUGAAUCAUUUGGCCUAACACCUACUCCAGAAAUGUCAAACAAGAGUGAUAAGGAUUCAGAGGUAGCAAGUCCUCCCUCAGUAACCAGUGUCAUGCCAGGUCAAAAGACACUUCUUUCCAACAAAAGUACACAGAAUAAAGGACGAGCAGUUGGUCUAUCCCGUCCCAGUGGUGCAAACAAGAAAAAUACAGAUAAGAAGCAGUUAAGCUUAAAGGAUAUGUUUGGCUUUAAAAAGGAUGCUCCUAAGCUUCACUGCGCAAAACCUUGAAGCAGUAAAAGUGACUAAAGAACUAUCCAAGAUAUUGAUGUUGAACUCUUGUCACCAUCACCAGGAUUUUAAUAGGAAGUGGAGGUUUGUUAAUAACAGGUGGUCUUUGUUAUAUCACUGCACAUUUUAUAUUUUGUUUAUAAAAUAUUUAAUGCAUUCCUACAUUAUAGAAGAAAGUUUAUAUUUACAAACAUUUAAUUCAGGGAUGACAGUCCUGCUCACAGUACAAAUUAAUAUUGACUGAGAGAUAGUAUUGGUGUGAUGAAUAACCUUACUUUUCUCAGGUAUAAUAUCUUAAUGAAUUGUGGAACAUCCUCAGAAACAGUUGAACAAAUAAAUUUUCCAUCUUAUUUUUACUUUUGUAUAUUUGUGGAAGUUCAAAAAUGAUAAAUGAACAAAUAUGAAAUGGUACCUGUCAGUCUUAGGAUUAUUUGUAAAUAAAAGUUUCAUUUAUAAGUAAAUGAAGCACACUACUCUCUCUA